AGGAGGUGGUGCUGUGAGCUGGCGCAGCAAGAAGCAGAAUGAGGUGGGAUUGUCCUCAUGUGAGACUGAGUACAUGGCCUUACACCAUGGGGCCAAGGAAGUAGUGUGGCUAAGGCGUUUGUUGGAGGAGUUGGGAGUUGGUCAGGAGGAGCCGACAGUUGUGUUUUGUGACAAUGAGUCCGCUGUGAAGCUCGCCAAGAAUGCUUGUCUGCAUGGGCUGACAAAACACAUAAGGCCUAAGUGGCAUUGGGUGAGGAGACUCCUUGAUAAGGAGGUGCGGCUGGAGAUAGUGAAGACCCAUCAGCAGGCAGCAGAUAUUUUCACCAAGCGUCUGGCGGAGGCGGAUCAUUGGAAGGGCAUGAAGCUUGCUGGGAUGAAUUCUUGAACUUUGAUUGAACCUUUUGAGAUUGAGUUAAAUUAAGAGCUACAACAUAUCCAAGUUUCGCGACAUUCCAACGGCUAGUUUUUCGUCGACGUUGUUUCUUGUGAAGACGACUUUUCUGUCCAGAAUUUCGGAUUUAUAUUUUGAGUAAUUCUAGUUCCUAAGUUCACCUAGACUCCGUCCUUAAUCCU